CUCUCUCUCUCUCUCUCUGUCUCUCUCUCUCUCUCUCUGUCUCUCUCUCUCUCAGGUGUUCACAUUGUCCAGGUGAUGGUAGGCUGUGAGUGGGAUGAUGAGACUGGAGAUGUUAAUGGUUAUGAUCAGUAUGGUUAUGAUGGAGAAGACUUCAUAGCUCUGGACAUGAAGACAUGGACGUGGGUCGCUCCACAACAACAGGCUGUCGCCACCAAACAGAAGUGGGAUAAAGACAAAGCUCGACUAGAGUAUAAUAAGAACUACCUCACCAAGGAUUGCGUUGACUGGCUGAAGAAGUAUGUGAACUAUGGGAGGAGCUCUCUGAUGAGAACAGACCUCCCCACAGUGUCUCUCCUCCAGAAGACUCCCUCCUCUCGGGUCACCUGCCACGCUACAGGUUUCUACCCCAACAGAGCCAUGAUGUUCUGGAGGAAAGAUGGAGAGGAGCUUCACGAGGACGUGGACAAGGGAGAGAUCCUCCCCAACCACGACGGCUCCUUCCAGAUCAGCGCUGACCUUCAACUGCCCUCUGAUGACUGGGGGAAGUACGACUGUGUGUUUCAGCUCUCUGGUGUGAAGGAGGACAUCGUCACCAAACUGGACAAACGAGAGAUCAAGACCAACUACGUGAAUCCCAUGAACACCGUCAUCGCCAUCAUCGCCAUCAUCGCUGCACUCGUUCUUCUCGGCCUCGCUGUCAUUGGAUACAAGAAAUACAGAGGCAGAAGGAGGAAGGCUGGUGUAGACGGAGCACUGAGGAAAUGCUACUUUCAAAACUCUGCCUUAAAGCUGGAAAAACGUUACCUGCUGUUUGAAUUUAGCCCUGCUUUUAUUUUGAAAUACAGUAAGGAGCUUCCUGUAGAUGGAAGGUUAGGACAUGAACUAAAACACAGAAACAGGAAGUGGUUAUGGAUCCCAAAGUGAGGUCAAACAGCUCAAAGGAACGGUGACAAAGGUCAAUGUGUGAUGUCAUCAGGUCAAUGUGUGAUGUCAUCAGGUGGAUAUUACUGUCUGAGAGUUUGUUAAAGUGAAAUGAGACAUUCAAAGAUGCAGCAGUGUUCUUCUUUUACAUCAGUGAGACUACAGGGAGACACUGAGGACCACUAUCUACGGAGAGCCUGAAGGGACAAAAUAAGAUGAGAUUAAUCGUGAUGAACUCGUUAAUGCUGACAGCUCUAAUUAUUGUUUUAUUUUGAUCAGAGAUCCUAAACUGUUUGUGGGAGGCGUCUCAGCUAUCCAGUUGAAAUCUUGUAUAUAAUUCCUGCUCGUGUUCAGGAACGAGGGAUGUUUUCUCUCUGAGUUUUGUGAAUGGAAGUGGAAGAUGAAUUCUCAGAAUCACUUCCUGUGUUGGGUUAAGUUAACUAGUGGUGUUGAGCUGCUGUUUCAUACCUUUGUACUGUAAAUGAUCUGUUCAAUAAAGUCCCUCACACUCCAAA